AUGGCUAUUCAAAUCCAACCCCCAAAAGAACAUUAUCCUACACGACAUGCUCUCACGUGCGUGCUGAUGCGCGCCGGGACAUCAAAGGGUCUCUUCAUUCACCGAAAAGACCUCCCCGAGAAAGAGUCUGAGUGGGGUCCUCACCUGAUCUCAGCGCUGGGAUCGCGAAACAACGAUGCACGACAAGUCGAUGGUGUUGGUGGUGGCUCAUCCACCACAUCCAAGGUUGCCGUCAUCGCACUUUCAUCUCGGCCUGAUGCCGAUGUCGAUUUCACUUUCGUUCAAGUCGCAGUUGGGAAAGAGUCGGUGGAUUUCUCAGGAAACUGUGGAAACAUGAGCUCUGGUGUCGGUCCAUUCGCAGUCGAGGAACGACUUGUCACACCACAGCCUGGACAGACCGAGAUUGAUGUCAGGAUUUUCAACACAAACACCAGCAGAGUUAUCGUCGAGACAGUGCAACUCGAUGGCCAUGGCUACUACCGCGAGGAUGGCGACUUUGACAUCCCUGGUGUCAAGACAUCUGGUAGCGAAGUCAGAUGCUCCUUUGUUGAUCCUGCUGGAAGUAUGGCUGGAAGCCUGUUCCCCUCUGGCCAGAAGCAACAAUGGCUUAACGUCGAUCCCUCCGCAUUGGUCCCUGAGCUUGCUCCCUUCCAGAUCAGAGCCACUCUUAUUGACGCUGCCAACCCAUUCGUCCUUGUUGGCGCAUCAGCCAUCGCGUCUCUCCUCCCCGCAGGUGCUGUACCUGAGACACAACACGCCUUGGUCGAGACAAUACGAUGUCAAGGUGCCGUGGAGAUGGGUCUUGCAACUUCUACAAAGGCUGCUGGUCUAGUCCGAGGAACCCCCAAGAUCGCCAUGCUUAGCUCACCCACCCGAACUGCCGAUGGCAAAAACUCCCCCGAUAUCUACGUCCAGUCAUACUCCAUGGGUCUACCCCAUCCCACACUACAACUCACCGGCGCAGUAUGCUUGGGGUCUGCAAUGAGCAUCCAGGGCACUAUUGCAGCAGAGCUAUCAGCCACGCCUGUUUCCGACGGACCCCCUACUCCAGAGCGCACACCUUCUCCAGUGUCAGAAGAUGGAAGGAAGGAGUCUAACAUAAGACACGUUGUGCUUGAGCACAGCAAGGGAACUAUUCCGGUUCUGGUGAAGAAAAAUGGCGAGGAUGGGAUUGCCAGUUGUGCUGUUUCCCGCACAGCGAGAAGGCUUUUUGAGGGACGGGUUAUCUACUACCUAUAG